AGUUGUUUACAAGAUUCGCACACGCAACUCAUCCACUCGCCGGAUUACUUGCGAAUUGUUCGUGUUUCCGAACAGUUUUCUCAUUUUACCUUCUGCAACAAAAACCGCAACCCGCAAUGAACGUUCUGCAGAAGCUGGUAUCGACGGGCGCUAAAACGCUGCCCCGGAAUGGGCUGGUGCGCCACUCGUCCCACUUUGUGUACCAGCCCGACGCAAAGGCGCCGGUCGAGGGGCCCACGCAAAAGAUGAACAUGUUCCAGGCGAUCAACCAAGCGAUGGAUAUUGCACUGGAGCAGAACGAGUCGGCCCUGGUGUUCGGUGAGGACGUGGCGUUCGGUGGCGUGUUCCGCUGCUCGAUGGGACUGCAGAAGAAGUACGGCAAGCAGCGGGUGUUCAAUACGCCCCUCUGCGAGCAGGGCAUUGCCGGGUUCGCGAUCGGUGUGGCCAACACGGGCGCCAAAGCGAUUGCCGAGAUGCAGUUUGCGGACUACAUCUUCCCGGCGUUCGACCAGAUCGUGAACGAGGCGGCCAAGUAUCGGUACCGCAGUGGCAACCUGUACGAUUGUGGAUCGCUUACCUUCCGCGCACCGUGCGGUGCAGUCGGACACGGUGCAUGCUACCACUCCCAAAGCCCCGAAGCGUACUUUGCCCACACGCCCGGUCUGAAGGUGGUGGUGCCGCGCGGACCGAACAAGGCGAAGGGUUUACUGCUGGCCUGCGUGAAGGAUAAUGAUCCGUGCAUCGUAUUCGAACCCAAAACCCUGUACCGUGCGGCAGUCGAGGAAGUUCCAGUCGCUGCGUUCGAGUCGCCGAUCGGUAAGGCGGACAUUUUGCGCUCUGGUACCGAUAUCACGCUCGUGGGUUGGGGCACACAGAUCCAUGUCCUGCAGGAGGUAGCCAGCAUGGCAAAGACGCAACUCGACGUUAGCUGCGAGGUGAUCGAUCUGGUAUCGAUCCUUCCCUGGGACAAGGAAACGAUUUGUAACUCGGUUAAGAAGACGGGUCGCGUAUUGAUCGCCCACGAAGCCCCAUUGACGAACGGAUUCGGUGCCGAGCUGGCUGCCACCAUCCAGGAAGAAUGCUUCCUGCAUCUGGAAUCGCCGGUGCUGAGAGUGACCGGUUGGGACACCCCGUUCCCGCACGUGUUCGAGCCGUUCUACAUUCCCGACAAGCACCGCUGCCUGGCCGGUAUCCGAAAGCUGAUCAACUACUAAGCACUGUCCGCAGCAGUGAAGGGAGCGCUUCUUACAUUCCUUUCUUCACUUUAAAAACUUCCAAAUGAUGUUGUGCAGAGAGAGAGAGAGAGAGAGAGAGAGUGAAGCCUUAUCGGCCUUGUUCGGUGUUUAUGCGCUUACCUUAUAUUCCUAUAUAUUCCAGAUCGUGUACGUUGGUUCAGAAUCAACAGCACGCACAGUAACGGAUGCAUUUAUAUUUGACGUGCCCUAAGGAGAGGAGGGAGGAGCCAAGGAAGGUUUCACUUUUCUUUCCUUUCGAGCUGGUCUCCUCCACCAACAGGUUCAUUUUCCAGUGUAAGCUGUGUACUAAACGAUGCAAACAAUUUCUUGUGCCUUAUUAAAGUCUUCCUGUUUGCUUAUUUUCUAA